UGGAUCACCAACACUAUUUGUAAGGAUUGUCUCUUUUAUCUCUAUUUAGUAUAGGGCACCUGUUGGCAUCUAAGGAAGCAACAGUGAAUUGCAACUUGAUUUUAAUACAUAGACUAACACAAUGUUUACAUGUACCCCACAUGGUUCCUUAACUCUGAUGAUGUUAUUCAGAUCAGUCAUUUCAGCAAGGUAUUAGAAUGUUACAUCGUUAAUGCCUGCAAACGGUUUUGAAAGUGCCUGCCUGCAAUCUGCAUGUCUGUACGCUGAGGGUAUCGAGGAUCGGAAGGGAUUAAUCACCGCAACCUAGCCAAAAAGCUUUAUCCCCCUUUGUAGAUAAUUACAUAACCGUGUUAUACAGGGAAAAAUCAUCUCCGGUGAACCGCAAGCAGUGACACGGACGAGGAAAUGUGCUAACUAUCCGAAGAUAGAAGCUUAUUUGGCUCGUUGUGCGUCGAAUCGUCAGGGGAGAGGAUCUUCAUCUUCCCCCGUUGCCACUGAGCUGGGCUCCUCUUCUUCCUCAUCUUCUUCCUCCUCCUGCAUGUGUGUUUCUGAGGGGACAUCAAGGUCCAGUGAGAGACUGGGUGCAAAAGACUCGCCCACUCCCUGUUGCGCACGAAAGUAGGUUAUACCUGCUGUGCAUCCAGAGAGUGUUUUUCUUCUCAUGGCAAGGAUACGACAACACUGUUGCUAAAAACUCAGUAUAUCGUGCAGAGAUGGUUCUCCAAAGGAUUUUUCGUGCUGUUAUUAUGGGACCUCCGGGGUCGGGGAAAGGAACCGUGUCUGCACUCAUUACCAAAACUUUUGGGUUAAGCCACAUUUCCAGUGGGGACAUUUUGAGAUCCAACAUCAGCAACAAAAGCGAGCUGGGUCUGUUGAUGAAGUGCUGUAUUGAUCAAGGUCAGCUGGUACCUGAUGACGUCAUGUCCCGUCUCAUCCUGCGUGACCUGAGAGUGAUGGACCACAGCAGCUGGCUGCUCGAUGGAUUCCCUCGUACAGUACCCCAGGCCGAAGCUCUGGAUGACGCACACAGUGUGGACACAGUCAUCAACCUCAAUGUACCUUUCCAGACCAUCAAACAGAGGCUCACUUCACGCUGGACUCACCUUCCCACCGGCAGAGUCUACAACGUGGAUUUCAACCCGCCUAAAGUCCCUGGUUUGGAUGAUGAGACAGGGGAGCCUCUGGUCCAGAGGGACGAUGACACACCUGAUACGGUCACACUGAGACUGAAGGCCUAUGAAAACCAGACAGAGCCCGUCUUAGAGUACUACAGGAGUAACGGUGUGCUAGAGACCUUCACUGGGACAGAAACCAACAUGAUCUGGCCGCACGUCGAGGCUUUCCUCCACAAAAAACUCUUCUCCGUCAAACAGAAAGUCGCAUAGAAGACAGCCUGAUCAGGAAAGCACAAGAAGGGGUAAAGUUUACCAGCAGAAACCACUGUACUCACAUCGUCCAAUCAGGUGCCUCUUUCUGUAAAACAAGAGCUAUCUGUGCAAUAAUAUAUUCUGAAUGUUCAAAGUGAAGAGCUCAUAGAGUAUGUCAGGAAGUGUUAGUAAGACAACAGAUGUACUUGGAAAAGCCUCCACUUUUGCACUGUUUCAACAAUGCUAUUGACUUAAAAGAACUCUUAACAUGUGUACAUAAAGUAGCCUACUUCGAAAAUGGUAUUGUCUCUUUAUAUAGAAAUGUGCCUUUAUAAAGCCAGGAGACUUUAAUGAAACAGAUAUUAGAAAAUCAUUGUUCCUAAAUAAGAAGUUUUAGUGUUUCUAAAUGCAAUCAUUAAUACUUUUCUUUGUUGGUGAAAAUAAUGGGCACACACAAGAUAUUUUUAGAGACAUUUCAUUUUUUUGUAAUCCUUUGAAAGCAAUAUGUAUGGGCUUUUUGCCCUGGCAUAACUGCCUUGGGGAUGUGUUUUAUGCAGUGGGAAAAUACUAAAGGGAACUGUGCCAUGUUUAACAAAUUACUGCCAAUUCACUUUAGCAUUUAAGUGCCUCUUUCUGCUUGUAAUAAUGUAUAAACUAGGGCUGCUCAAUUAAUUGUAUUUUAAUCGCGAUUACGAUUAUGGCUUGAAACGAUUACGAAAACAACG